UGGUUUUCAGUUUAUUUUGAACAGCCGCUGCGAACGCAUAGAACAAAAACACCACGCGACGAGCCCCAGAAAAAAUCUAAUUCAAUUUCAAAUUCAAAUUUGAAAACAACAAAACAAAAUAUUAUAGAAAAACAAACGAAUUUUGAAUAUAAAUUGAAUAUAAAAUACGAUUCGAAUAUUCUUGUAAAAUAUACGAAUUUUUGUGCUUUUUUUGUUUUUUGAAUGUGUCGCCGUCAAAAGAGUCAAAAGAGUGUGUGAAGCAAUAUAAAAACAAGAGCAAUACACAUUAAGGAUACGCCUAGUGUUACAGCCCCCCAGAGGAGCUCGAGCAAAUUGCCAAUAUGGGCAACGCCGGCUACACAUGCAUCCGCCGCACCUUUUGCUGGCUCAAUAUCAUACUUUGGCUUUGCAGUUGCGCUUUUCUGGGCGCCGGUCUCUGGCUGCGUCUCAGCUACGAGGGCUACGCAACGUUGCUGCCACAACAUGCGGGCCUCAGUGCGGACACCAUCUUCAUGUGCAUCGGCGGCAUUGGAUUUGUGGUCAGCUUCUUUGGCUGCUGCGGUGCCUGGGUUCAAUCGCGUUGUCUCUUAGUACUGUACUUUAUGCUGAUUGUGAUGCUGUUCAUGAGCGAGUUCCUUGUGGGUUCAAUAGCCUUCCUCUUUCGCGGUGGUCUGGGCCGAACGUUGGCCAACGAACUGCGCUUUGGCAUUGAGCGUCAUUAUAAUGCCAGCGAUCGUGGUUCGCUGGUGGCGCCCUCUGUUGCCGCCAUUUGGGACAGCGUGCAGCAGUCGUUUGAAUGCUGCGGCGUCUCUUCGUAUGAGGAUUGGUACGACAUUCAAUCGUGGAGUGGCAAACGUUGGGUGCCCGACUCCUGUUGCCGCCAGCUCUACGAUCAACGCCAGCUGCUCACCGAGGGAUCGGGUGAUGGAGUUCUGCGCGUGGAUUGCGGCAGAUCGGAGAAUCCAUCGCUGUGGUGGGACAAGGGCUGUGCUCAUUCGCUGCAAAGUUGGUUCAACGGCCAGCUGAAUGUGGUGGGAGCAAUUGGCUUGGGCAUUGCGUUUGUGCAGCUCUUUGGCCUGAUCACAUCGAUGCUGUUGUUCUGCACGGUGAAGCAUAAGCGUGCCUCCGACACAUACAAAUCGUAUUCGCCGUCGAUUGAUCCGCAGACACGCACCAGCAGCUGGGAGGAUUGAACGCGACUCUAGGGAAAGAGAGAGACAGAGAGACAGAGAGACAGAGAGAGACAACCCCCGAUAUAAGAACUUUUCUAAAGCAAACUUUUCCAACGUUUGCAAAAUGUCUUUUCAUUUUGAUUUUCCCUUUCUUUUUUUUUCUGCUACGAAAUGUGCCAAAAAUUAAUUUAAAUGCUAGUUUCAGUAUGUUUAUUUUAUUGUAUUUUUUUUUUUUUUGCUUUGGUUUAGUCAAGUAUAAUACUCGUAACAUAUCGUGAGUUGUUGUCAAGAAAGAAAUAUCCCACAAAAGCUGAGUUCACAUCACACAACACUCAUCACAUCACAAAUUGUGUCUUUCGUUGUUUGUUUCUUCAGUAUUGUUGUUGUUGUUGUGAAAUCAGCUUUGUGGGUUAAUUAGUGGCAUAUCCAUAUUGUGAUGUGCUUCUCUUAGGCUCAGCGACAAACGCCGAAAACCGAAAACAAAUAUAGACCUAGAAAAACCUAAUCCGAAAUUUUGAAAUUUUGAAAUUUAGAAAUUGACAAAAACAACUGCCUAGAAAAAGAGUUACAAGAAAAGG